AUGGCUGCAAACGCUAUCUCUUCAUUUUGCGGAGCCAUCUCUGCCCCACCGUCUUCUUCCUUAUCCAGUUCGGCCCGCCUUUCCCCUCAUUUUUUCCCAUUUCCGAAGCCGUCUUCUUCCUGCUCCUCUGCGUACGCUUGCCCUUCAUUGAGGUUUUCCCGGCCGAGGAAGCUCCGGUCAUUUGUGGUGGCAGCUGCGGCCGAAGUAGAAGAAACCCUUGAUGCAGAGAGCGGUGCUGCUCAACCGGAAGGUGAUGUAGUAUCACCGGCGACGACAACCGAUCAAACUGUCUCGGUUACUGUCUCACCUUCCGACGUCCUCACCAUGUUAUUUCAGGCAGAAGGCUCAAUUAGCGAUGCUGCAAUCCCUUCGGUAUCAAAGGCUUUAGAGGAAACAGAAGGGGUUUCGGACUUGAAAGUUCAAGUUGCUGAAGGUAUUGCAACAGUACAGUUAACAAAGCAGACAACAGUGCAAGCUACAGGGGUGGCUUCCAGUUUGGUGGAGUUAAUACAGAGUAAAGGCUUCAAAUUACAGACACUGAAUUUGAGCUUCCAGGAUGAGGAAGACUUCAGUUAG